AUGGCUCUGCUGGCGAGGGCCGCCCUGCUGGCGGCGCUGCUUACGCCCGCCCUCCUGCUCGCCCCUCAGGGUCUCCCGACCGCGGACACCGUCCCCAGCAUCAACCUGACGUUCGACCCCAGGACGAGGAACCUCACCUGGCGCUGCACAGAGAACAUCACGGCUGUCCUCUGUGCCAUGACAACAGCGGACAAGGGGCCGGCGAUGGUCAAGGGGAAAAGAUGCCAUUGCACAUUCCAAGACAGUAUUCUCCACACGGGCGUCACGUUCACGGUGACAGCCAACAUCGGCCACCGGCAGAUUGUGGAAAAACUGGUCUACACGAACCCAGGCAGGAACGGCACGGCCGCAGAAAACUUCUCCUGUUUCAUCUAUGACGCGGAUUUCAUGAACUGCACAUGGGCAAAGGGCCUCGCCGCCCCCGACGACGUCCAGUAUUUCCUGCACCUGCAAGACAUCAAGACACGGAGGGAGCGAGAAUGCAACCACUACGUGUCCGAGUCCGGGACCCACGUGGGGUGCCACCUGGACUAUGUCUCCGAAUUGCGUCACCACAUCCAAGUCCUGGUGAGCGGCACCAGCCAGCAGGCCGCCAUCCAGUUCUUUGACGCGACUUUGUUGUUAAAGCAAAUAGAAAUCCACAGCCCCCCCAGCAACGUGUCUGUGGCCUGCAACACGUCCCACUGCGUCAUCCGCUGGGAGAAGCCCCGGAGCCACUUCAGCACGUCCAACCGGGACUUCCAGUACCAGCUGCGCAUCCAGAGACAGAACAGGGAGCAGCACAGCGACAACCCGCUGGUGGAGGUAUCUGGGGAUUCAGGAAAUAAGUACAACUUCCGGAGCCCUCAGCCCAGAGCCAAACACACGGUGCAAAUCCGAGCGGCCGACAGCAGGGUGCUCCAGUGGGGGGCGUGGAGCCCGCCGGCCGAGUUCGGCUCCGGAGAACGGCCGCCCAGCCUGGUGCACGUGUACCUGCUGGUGAUCCUGGGAACCGUCAUCGGCACCGUGAUGCUGGGCUACCUCUUUAAAAGGUUCCUGGGGACGCCGAUUCCGCAGAUCAGAGACAAACUGAACAAGGAGGACGACGAGAUCAUCUGGGAGGAACUGCCCCCGGCCUCGGGGAAGGGUGACCCCGAAGAGGCCAUCGCUGUCGAAGAAGUCCGGGUGUCCUCUGUGAGCGUGUGCACCUCACACACCUCCCGCCUCGAGUCCUUUGGAAAGUUGUCUGAGUGUUGAAGGGCUCGGAGCGUGAAUAAAGCUUUGUGUGUGUGUGGUUGAUUGACGUGUGAAUCUGGAGAAAAAAGAAAAAAAAA